AUGGCCGUCAAAGAGCUGCAGGGUGUCCUGGGAUCGGCCUGGCAGCGUAGCCUCCGGCGCCUGCCCGAAAGUGGGCUGCUGCGAGCCGCAGUUCUGCUGGCCCGGGCCGACCGGCCACCGGAGGGCUCGGGAUGCGAUGUCUCGGUGUGGCCCGAGGCGCGACGACAGCGGAUGGAGGCCGUGCUCCAGCAGAUUCUGGAGGGGGCUCCAGAUCGGGAAGAGCUCUCCACACGCGACUGGGCCAGCAUGCUUUGGUCGACGGCCCGUUGCAGGGCCAAGGCGCCGGCGGCACUGCUGGAGGCUGCUAGCCGACGUGUUGCCAGCUCUGAGGCAUCAGGAGACGUGCAGAGCAGCGACGUCGCUCGGUGUUUCUGGGCUGCAGCGAGCCUUCGCUGGCGGGAGCCGGCAUUCCUGGAAGGCGCUGAGCGCCUGGGCCGGUCGAAGUUGGACCGCUGCACGGAGCAGGACCUCAGUAACAUUGCCUGGGCUUCAGCCACCUUGGGCUUCAAUCCCUCGCAUUGGCUGGCGCAUGUGGUGAGUGCAUUCGCCGAGCUGCCCCGAGAAGGGAGCUGCUCGCCCCAAGCAAUCGCCAACAUCCUGUGGGGCAUGGCGAAAGCCCACGAAGGUGGCUUCGGCGACGAGGCUUUCCAGGACCUGGCGAUGCGAUUGGAGCCUGCGAUUGCAGGCUCUUUGCCUGCUGCCUUGCCGCAACACGUCGCGAAUACUCUGUGGGCGCUGGCGAAGUUAGAUGUUACGCUCGAUCCCGAAGGAGCUCUUCUCGCCAGCCUCAGCACUCGCAUGUGCGACCUUCUCGAGGAGGCCGAGAUCCAGCACUUGGCAACCAGUGCAUGGGGAUUGGCCCGGCUGCACGGCACCCAGCAAGCCUCUGGCCGCUCGAGGGACUUUCUCUGUCGACUGGCGGACUACCUGCGUCGGCGAGUCCGCCCAGUCGACCGCUCAUGGCAUUCAAGGUGGGAUGGAAUCUUCUUGUCGCAUGUGUCCAUUAUCUGCUGGUCCUAUGCCAGGGUCUUGCCAAGCGACAAGGUAACCCGGCAGCUGUUGAAGAGUGCGUCCAAGCAGCUGGAGAGUUUCACUUCAGAGUGUGCCAUCAAGGCACAGGAACACGCCAACUUGCUCUGGGCCUACGCGCAGGCCGCAGAACAUGCUUGGGCCGGAAUGCAGAAGCCACGUGUCAUGCUCGGGGCGUUGGUCCAGCUCCUUUGUGACCCGAAACUCAAGCUCCAAGGGGAGAGUGCCAUUUCUUUCGCCGCGUCUGCAUCAGCGCUCUCACGGAUCCGGCAGAUGAUCGGCCCUGCGCAUCAGCGAGCCCUGCAGCUGUGGCUCGAGCGAAGCUCCGGGCGCCUCAGUCGCCGUGCGAACUUCGAGUUAGACAAGGUGGAGGUGAUUUCCCUGCUGCGUGCCCUGGUGGCCUGCAGCAAGCUGCAGAAUCGCAUGAUGAGCUGCUGCCUCCAGGUGCUUCAAAAGGAUUGCGGUGACCUGACGCCUUCGCACAUGCUGGCGGUGCUCACGGCCCUCCAGACCCUCCGACCCAGGCGACUGAACGAGGAGCAGCUGUGGUUCUUGCGGCUGGUUCAUUCUCGGCUGGCCGACUUUCCUUUGCCACUGCUGACAUUGGCACUUUGGCGACUCCAUGGCAUUCAGGGAGACCUUGCCGAUGGCACUGAAGUUCGGCAAACGAUUCAAUCAGGGACGUCUCGUUUCCGAGACGUCAAGCUUCGGUGGCCCGGACAUGCUCCGUGGCGUGGCGUGGAGGCCAAGAAGCCGCCGGGCCAAGAGCUGGAAAAGGAAGUUGACCUGAGCAUGGAAGAGUGGCUCUGGCUGGCUAACUCGGCGUUGCCCUGCCCGCUGCUGAAGGAGACCGGCGAGCAGAUGCCGUGGACUUCUGAGCUUCUGCAGCCCUUUUCGGUAUGGGUGGCGACACUUGUGGAUGAGCUCGCAACGGAGGCAGAUCUCCUGGUCGGCACCAUGGCUGCCUUGGGCACUUUCUUGGAGCCGGAGGAGGAACAGGAUGCGACCCCUGAAGACGUGAGCCGACGAAAUCUGAUGCAGGAAACAGUUCUGCAGCGCUACAGAGCCGUCCUCCGAAGAGAUGGGCUUGAGUGGACAGGUCCUGCGUGGGCCGUGCCGGCUGCCCAACGCCUCGGCUUGGCUUACUGCCCGGUGGCGGGCGCACCGCCGGAGCUCAAGGCCUUUCUUACGGAAGAGAACCCAAAUGCCGCUGCAUGGCUACAAGCGAAGAUAAGGCUUGCAUCGGGCCAAACAGACGGCUCUGGCGAGGUCAUCCUCCAGUAUGCGGCCGAAGAUGGCGACCCGCAACUGCCCCUCAUGACAAAGACUGAUGUGGAGAGCCCAGUGGACGUGAGCUCCGACGAGGAAGAGCUGGGGACUCCUGAAGGCAGCGCAGCUGGUGUGGCACCUGCUCUGGUGCCCGGCCAACUCGUGGCAGGCCGCGACGCUGCCGGUCUUCGUCCCGAGUUCCAGGUCCUCAGCAGGCUGGCUGCGGAGCUUGCCAAAACAGCUGCUACACCAGACGACGUUUCGGGCAAGGUGUUCCUUUACACGACGCGAGCGCCGUGUUUGUCCUGUCUUGGAGCCAUGCGCCAGCUUCGCACUGCAUGGCCUGGAUUAGCCGUGGAGGUCAGCUUCGGCAGGGCUUCUGAACCCUGGUCAGCCAACCGGAGUUUGGUGCCUCUUGCAGAAGGAGACACAGGCCAUGCCAAUUCUGCCGCAAGCCCUUCGGGUCACCCCAGCUGUGAGCUGGAGGUGGCAAUCCGUCGAUUCCUCGAAUCUUCGCCUGUGGGGACGGCGGGAGCUGCACCGGUUGCCCUUGUCGGCACGGAUCCCCGUGUAAGGGAGCUUUGGAAACAGGUCUGCGCCACCGGAGUGCGCCCGUCGGGCAAGGGAACCCCCAGGAAGAAGCGCGAGUGGCAAGACAAGCUGAAGUACUUCAUCUCACACCGGUCAAAGAGCUUUUGCUUGGAGGAAGGCGAAAAUUCACAGGCCUGGGUGAGGCUACGCCUCUUGGAUGAGGGGGCGAGCUCGCGCGAUGAAGACUUCAGCAAGCUGCGCACUGCGAUUCAACGGACGAUGGCUGAACUCCUGCGGAGUGGCAAGGCGAGUCGGGACCAUCGAGGCGGUGAGGGCUACGUCCUGGUUGAGGAUGUUGCGUGCACACCACGAGUCUAUCAGCUAUGGCAUCGUUGCCGCAGUGACUCAUCCGAUCGGCUGGCAUUCUACCUGCGGCACGCCGAGGCUUUUGAGGUGUGGACCCCUGGCUUGUCGUCAGCCGAGUCAUCCGAUCAGGAGGUGGCGAACUUGCGAAGCGCUGUGCGGAUACGGCUGGAUUGCGCCGCAAAAAGAGAGCGCGGUUGA